AUCACAGUCAGCGCAGCCAGACAGAUCGAGCAAACUUGUGACCAAAGCAGCAGCAGCAGCAGCAGCCAGCGGGGGAACAAACAGACGGCAGCCCUGCAAUCUGCCAGAUAAAAGCUGCAGUUCAGCUUCUCCUCGGUCUUCCUUCAGCCUCUUCAGCUCCUCCACACAACAUGGACUGCGGAAUUGUCACGUCCAAGACCAUCCUCCUCUUCCUCAGCUUGGUGUUUUGGGCUGCAGGAGCGGCGUUGGCCUACGUCGGUGCCUAUGUGAUCAAGAGCUAUGAUAACUUUGACAGCUUCGUUCAGGACAAGUACACGCUGAUCCCUGCAGCGAUUAUCAUCGGCGUCAGCGUGGUGAUGUUCUUUUUUGGUCUGGUGGGAUGCUGCGCCACAAUCCGAGAGUCCAAACUCGGCCUCAGCUUUUUCUUUCUGAUCAUCAUGCUGAUCUUUGCAGCUGAAGUGACUGCUCUGGUAUUUACCUUCAUCUACCAAGGCAAGAUAAGUGGAGAUCUGGAGCGCUCGAUGAAUGACACCUUCGCAAAGUAUGAUGGACAGGACCCUGAGACCAAAGCUGUCGACUACCUGCAGACUCAGUUGCAGUGCUGUGGUGUCCGAAAUUACAGCAGCUGGUCCAACACUACCUGGUAUACCACCCACAACAGCACAGUGCCUCGGUCCUGCUGUAAAAACACUACCUCCACACAGUGCACUGGCAGACUGGAUCAGCUGGACCUGCUUAACCUAGAUGGUUGUGAGCCCAAGCUGAAUCACCUCCUGCAGGGUGUGUUGAGCUACGCCAUGCUGGUCGUUCUGGGCUUCGCCAUCAUCAAGUUCUUUGGGAUGCUGAGCGUAUGUGUGAUCACAUGUAAAGCUGGCAGCCGGAGGAGUGGCUACCAGCCUCUCUAUGCCUGAACCACCUCCUGCAACCACCAACCGCCUCCUCAUUUUGCUUGACUAGGUUUGCUGACCACUUACUCAGCAUUGUACAGAGGCAUCCGGGCCAAUUGUUGUACAGAUCCCAAGUUUUACUUGAAUAACGGCAUGUAAAGCACACCCAUCAAACCUUGUGUCAGUCUAAAAGGGAUCAUACAAGAGCAUUCCUGCAUCUAUGCAAAAUGCAUACCGUAAAUGUUCCUCUGACUGGCUGAAACGUGGACAUGGCUUUCAAUUUUGAACUAUUGUCUGAAUCUCCCUUUGAAGACUUUUAUGAUCAUGUUUCUGUGUAGUUACCAAGCUCAAGGUUUCUGUACUUUCUCAGCCCAGUGGCCUUCCUUUGGAGAUACACAUCACAUCCCCGACAAUAGCACAGCAAUUUUGAAAGUAAUUGGUUUAAUGUUGAAAUGUUGAUCCCUGUUGGAUUGUGUAUAUAUAUAGAUAUAUAUAUGUGUGUAUAUAUAUAUAUAUAUAUAUAUAUAUACACACACACACAUAUAUAAAUAUCGAUAUAGAUAUAUAUACAUACACACUGUAUAAAACUAUAUCUGUAAAUCUAGUCGAGCCUUCUCACUCUGGAGCAUAGAUAUUCUUUUAAAGAACAUUAUUGUUUUGAAUGUACUAUAAUGAAGGAAAUCAAGCUAUAUUUUAAGCUUUUUGUGAUUGUGAACACGAGGAUAGUAGUUUAAUGCCAUAUAUAUAGCAAAUGUUAUGGUAUUGAAUUAAGUGACAGUUAAGUUACCCACAUAGUUCAACCUUGGUUGUGUUUAUUGUGUUUCUAAAUUAAACAGUUGAAUAUU